UGCAUUCAAACACUCCUGCGCACCAGUCGAAGCACAUUCGAGCACUUCUGUGCAAUAGCAAAUACAUUCCUCAAAACCACUUAUGGAAAACAAAAUAUAGGGUCGUGAGGUUGCGACGUGAAAGAGAAAUGGAGUUCCAUAAUGAGGGUGCAGAGAUACAGAAAGCUUUGCCACCGAAGGAUGAAAGCUUGAACCGUGGUACCUGUAGUAGGCUGGAGUCCGUGGGCCUAAUAUCGAGUACGAUGGAAUUCAAUUUAGAAGAAAAUACUCCUCAAGACCAAACAACAAUGAAUAAUCAGUCCGAACAGACACACUCUUUGUUCGCUGCUAAACAAAAUUCUACAGAAGAGAUCCAAACUAUGAGAUCUUUACUGCAAGACAUGUUAAGAAGGCAAUAUGAAGGUACUCUGAAGGCUACAACUUACAUUCCACUGAAGAUGUAUUUGUCAAAGAGAACACAUUUGGAUGCACAAUUGUUUCAUGAGAUGCAAGAGUUGGAAAGACCAUUUAAUGAGGUGAUUAAAGAGGAGAACGUGAUUAAUCAUGAGGAUCUCCUGAAGCCUCAUUCCUCUACACAAAAACCUGUCCGCACAGUUCUGAUAAGAGGGAUAUCUGGAUCUGGCAAGUCAACAGCUGUGGGCAAGCUUGUUUUAGACUGGGCACAUGGCAAAACGCACCUCAACAUUGAUUUUGUGUUUCCUCUUUUCCUGUCUGAGCUGAAUAUUCUGUAUAAGAAUAAAUAUAGCCUGGUGCAGUUCUUGGAUUUGCUCUUUCCAAAGAUUCCAGACCUGGAAACUCUCAAACAUGCUCGAAUCCUCUUUAUAUGUGAUGGGCUGGGUGAGUUUAGACUCCCUCUUAAUUUUAAGCAUGCCAAGACAUGCUUCAAUCCAUUGGAACCAGUUUCUUUGGACUGCCUGCUUGUGAACCUUCUCAGAGGAAAUCUUAUACCCUCUGCCCAGAUCCUGGUGACCUCAAAGCUCAAAGAUCCAAAUCUGAUUCCUCCAGAACACGUCCAGCGGGUGGUUGAAGUUCAUGGGUUUGAUGACUUACAGUGGGAAGAACAUAUCAAGAGAGAAGUGCAUGAUCAAAGCAUUGCUGCAAGAGUGAUUGUUCACGUGAAGUCUUCAAGGACCCUGUACAUUAUGCGUUCCUUGCCAUUCUUUGGUCAAAUGGCUGCCACUGUUUUGGAAGAGCUAUUUAGUAACAGUUCCACCACUGACACAAAUCCACCACUGACAUUGACAGAGAUGUUCACACAUUUCAUCCUGAUUCAAAUGAAAAGACAAGCUGUCCAGGAAAGAUCCACUAGAUUAGGCACUGAGGAGAUCCUGAAGUUAGGAAGACUGGCUUGGCACAUGUUGGAAAAGGACAUGUUGACCUUUAUGGAAAAGGACUUUAGAGAGACAGAUAUUGAUCCUCUACAUCCUGACAAACUCUCUGAGAAUAUGCCCAUGCUUUUCAGAGAAUGGGAACUGAUGAAUUUAGGGAAAACAUACCGCUUCAUGCAUCCCAGUUUCCAAGAGUACCUUGCAGCACUUUAUGUUGCUGUGCAUUACAAAUCCAGCAAGGGAAAUGUAAUGUCUUUUACACUUGCAGAAAGAGUAGAAAAGUUGCUCAACCCUACAGAAGUGCCACUGGAGAUGUCCAGAAGGGCAAUGAAUAGAGCUUUUAGAAGCAAAACUGGCCAAUUAGAUGUAUUUCUCCUCUUUCUCCUGGGUAUAUCUGCAGGCCCAAGCAAAAACCUCCUUUCCGGCUUUCUCCAAAAUUCGUCUUGUGAUGUGAGGAAAGAGGACAUAGUCUCAAACAUCGUAAAGAAAAUUCAGGUGAACCCGUUAUACGAGAUUUCAGUUAAUCUCUUUCGCUGUUUGGAAGAGCUUGACCUAGCCUUACCUGUGGUUGCAAAUCGUGGCCAGGUCGAAUUUGAAAGAAAUAUGGAUACACAAUUCUCUCCUUCACAGUGGUCACAUGUGGCUUCUACUUUGUUGACUUCUGAGGAUUCAUUGGUGACAUUUGAUGUUAGAAAAUACACCAACGCAGAUGAAGCCAUCAUGAGAUUGCUGCCUGUCAUCAAGAUCUCCAGAGUCCUCAGACUAGAUGAGGGCACAGAUUUGAGCUGGGCUCUGCUUGCCUCAGCUCUGACAUCACCAGCCAACCAUAUCAAAGAGAUUGACAUUGAGAAGAAGGCCAUGUAUAAUUUAAACUUGAAGUUUUUAUCUGUUGGUCUGGGAAGCCUUAACUGCAAAGUGGAGAUACUGAGGAUACCACAUUUUCAUAAACUUAGCAGUAAAGAUGCCGAUCCCCUGGUCUCAGCACUUUCAUUGAACCCAACACAUUUGAGAGAGUUGAACAUACUGCGUUCAUUCCACUUGAGUGACAGGACAGUUCAGAGCUUUUCUCAAACCCUAGUGGACCCCAGAUGUCAUCUGAAGAAACUCGCUCUACGAGGAGAAAGUUCUCUCUCCCUAGAGGGAUGUAAGAUCUUGGCAGCAGCUCUCUGUAGCAGUUCUUGUCAUCUGAGAGAGCUGGACUUGAGCAAGUGUUUUCAAAGUUCAGAUGAAGAUCAAGCUGUGCAGCUUUUGUCAGAAGCAUUCAGAGACCCAAACUGCAAAAUAACAGUUCUGAGGUUGGCAUUUUACUAUGUAAAUCAGGAAGCUUUAUCUGCAUUAUUCUCUGCUUUUCAAGAUAACCCUUCACACCUGAAAGAACUAAGUCUAAUUUACUACAGACCAAAUACUGUUGAAUUUCAGCAACUUUUCUCUCUGCUGGCGGAUCCUUGCUUCAAAUUGGAGACACUGCGGAUAGUUCACCAUUGCCUGUCUUCUGCUGGUUCUCUUGAAACGCUUGCUUCAGUUCUUGGAUUGUGCAGUCUCAGAUGUCUGGAUCUUAGCCUUUGUGGUCUGAAAGAUUCUUCAGUGGAGCUGCUUUCUUCAGGACUGUGCAAAACUAACUGUAAACUGGAGAUACUCAGGAUGACACACUGCCACAUCACAGAAGUGGGAGCUGCUUGUUUGGCAAGGGCUCUCCGCAGUAACCCAUUAAUCAUGCGAGAAAUAGACUUGAGCAUCAACCCUGUUAAAGGCCCAGGCUUUGACCAGCUCAGAUCUGUUGCUGAAGAUCCAGCCACCCGAUUAAAGAAAUUAAUUGUGGAUGGCUUAGAGGAGCACCGUGACAUGGAAACUCUACGCCAAUAUGCAUGUCGGUUGACGUGGGAUCCCAACACAGCGUCUGCAGGUGUGCUGUUGUCAGAGAAAGAUACCAAUUUUGUGCAUCGUUCCAGAAAACAGGAACCCAUUCCAUUCCAUCCAGAGAGAUUUAAAGUUCCAAACCAAAUCAUGAGUCGGGAAGGGCUUAGUGGACGCCAUUUCUACCAGGUGGAGUGGUUUGGCAGGUUUGCAACUAUUGGAAUGACCUAUAAACACAUAAGUAGGAAGGGAAGCUUUGCUGCCUGUAGCCUUGGAUUUAAUAAAGAAUCCUGGGGCAUUUCCGUCAGCACCCCCUCUCCCAUCUGUUGUGCCCAUCAUGGAGGGGUGGAAAUACAACUCCCUGACUGCUCGCCCUGGAGAGUGGGUGUGUAUCUGGACUGGCCAGCAGGGACUUUGUCCUUUUACAACACCACAAAUGACACAGCCAAACUCAUACACACCUUCCACGCCAAGUUCACUCAUCCUCUGUUCCUCCUUGUAUGUAUUAGUGCUGGUGCACAGCUGUUGGCAGAAGAGCCCCCUCCUGUCUGUUGCCAUGACCACGACCCCUGGGAUAUGUUUAGGGGCUUUAAGGACUGCAAGGGUUGUAAUGGAUCAAAGGCCUUAUAGAUAAACUGACAUUCCUUCAAGGAAAAUUAUAUUUCCUUCGUUUGUGGAUGAGCUGAUGAUAACGUUUGUAGUGACGCCAUUUCAAGAGGUUGUAGCAGAUAUAUUAGAUGUUGUAGUAGGGGAGCUGGGGGGCAGUUGUAACAGGGAGCAGUUGCAACACAAAACAUUCUUCAAUCACAAACAAGCUAGAAUAAUGACAUAAAACCUGAUCGCACAGGAAAUCGACAUGCUGCUUGCAAAUGUUCAUGUAUCCUGAAAUCAGCUCCCUACUGCUGUAUUAAUGACGAGCACAAACAAUCCAUCCAUCUUUGAUGUCCACUUAUCCUAUGUAGGGUCACGGGUAGUGCUGGAGCCUAUCCCAGCUGUCUCGGGUCGAAGGUGGGGAAACACCCUGGACAGGUGGCCAGUUCAUCACAGGGCUAACACACACCGACAAACACAUUCACACUAUCACUCACACCUGCGGGCAAUUUAGAGUCUCCAGUUCGCUUGACCUGCAUGACUUUGGAUUGUGGGAGAAACUGGAGUACCCUGAGGAAACCCAUGCGAACAUGGGGAGAACAUACAAACUCCACACAGAAAGGCCCAGGUUGAGCCCGAACCGGUAACCUUCUUGCUGUGAGGCAACAAUGCUACCCACUGAGCCACAAUGACAACAUACCUCUGACAAGCACAAUCACCCAUCAGUGCAAAUGUGUUCACCUUUCCCUAUGGCACUGCAAAUAGUGCUUUGCAUGCAAUCUCAAAGACAUGGGUUCUAGUCCCAUGAAUACCAGGAAGUAAUUGUGUUCACAAUGAGACACAGGUUCUGCUGCCAUGGAAACUGGGAAAUAAUCACAUUCACAUAAAUAGUGAUGAACAGGAUUCGGAGGUUGCAUUUUUGCUCUUAAAUUACAUUUUUACUCCACUGAGAGUUAGGUUUAGGGUAUAUGUUAACUAAAAUAUGCAACUAAAAUAUGCAUUCCUGUUGAAUGUAUUACAUAAUUUACAAUACAACUCCCUUUUGGCACCACCCUGUGGACAUUUCACUUCAACAACACUUCCAGUUUCAGCCACUGUGCGCAGUGGUUCCAAUUUCAGUAAGCACAGUCGAUUCAGCAGCAGAACUUUCCACAGUGGGCUCAGUUUGCUUAUUUAGCAAAUGCUUAGUAAAGCUCUGUCUGAGAAAAAGAAAUAUGAUUGUAUGUCCUUGUGAGAAAUUUUCAGCAAAAAAAUAAAAUGAUUUUGAGUUUUGA